AUCGUGAAGCGUGAAGCGGGAGUGAUUCGAAUUAACCAACAGACGUUGACGUUGAUAUCAUGGCGACGAUGGUGAUGAAGUUGUUGUUUCAACUUCUUUUGUAUUGAAAGUGCAGCUGACAAUAAAGCCCUUUUCAUCAUCAUUCAAAGAGCUCCUGUUUUAAGCUUGAAAGAUAUCCUUCCUCCCUAUAUGUCAUCAUUUCAAAGUACAAAGACAAAUAUCUCGAGAUAUUCAGGCACUCAGCCCAGCCGACGCCACGAUUUUACUACCAAGUAUGAUACGAAUCGCAAGUCGAAUACCUAGGUCUCAUCUAUCUAAGAAGCUCCAGCUUGUUAUCAAUCAUUUCCCAAACCACCCAGCCUCAAACGAGACCUUUACCCCUUAAAUCUAUAAACAACAACAGAAAACCUUAUUCCUCCACAACAUCUACAGCCUCCGAAAGUUCAUCCGUUCGGAUCUCAAGAUUCCCGUCUUCCUCAAACCUUCUACGCAUGAAGAAUUCUUAUUAUAUCAGACCAUUGGAUGUUUUCGAAGCUUCACGGGUAAUGUUGGGAUGACAGCCAUCUUUGCAUCUCGCUUCACUUCAUCCAUGUUUCAUCCCCUUUUUUCUUUCAAUCCUUACAACACAUCAAUCCAGUUUUUCUUUAUCAUUAUCCCCAACUUCCCCCAGCAGAUCUGAGAAAUCUCCACGAGCUCAAUUAAUACUCUAUACAACAUAAGCCUUGUCCAUACAUUCGAUGUAUCAUGACCAUGUGAAUAUCAUUCAAUUUGUAAUGCAGUGAACCCCGGUUUCUGCUCGAAUCAUGAUAUCUGCGAAUCAAGCAAAGCGAUAGAGUUGAGUAGACAUGGGAUUGGCAUGUUGAUAGGUACCCCUUUGAAAUCAUCUCUUAAUAGAUAUUGGAUGAAUUUUAUGAUGAUGGCUUUGGGAAGCGAGAGGCGCAGGUUUGAGUCUGGAUCCUCGUUUUGAGUUCGUGGGAUGUUGAUGGUUCGAUGAAGAAAAGAUAUAAAGACGAUGACCUCGAAGUAUGGGGAUUCGUUUUAUCACUAUUUUCAUCUAGUUCUUUAUCCAUCUAUCCAUCUAUCAAUCAUUGAUUAAUUUCUUGUUUAUACGCAAUUACUUGUUACCGGUCGACUUCAUUAAAUCAUCACCAUCAUUAAACAGUCUUCUGCAUUUUUUAUCGCUCAACACCUGAAUAAACAUACCCACCAGCAACCAUGCAGUUCACACUCGUCACUAUUCUUUCUUUCGUCGCCAUUACGAUUGCCACACCUAUUCAACUCGCAGCACGCGCAGUAGAUGCAUCGACUGCCUCAAUGACCGAUGCUCAGGGAAACGUCGUUAGCUUCGACUCUGCUAGUGUUAACCAAGCUGCCAAGAACUCUGGCAUGUAAAUCAAUUGCAUGUCUGGAUUUCACAGCUUCCAUUCUCAAUAUAUGGAUACACGGAGUUUGAACUCAAUGAACUCUUGAAGGGGAUGCGUAAUGAAGCUCAUAUGGUCGAGAUUUCGUGUUGUAUUGUUUGGUUGUUGUCAACUUGGUCUUGGAGAAACUUAUGCGGCAUAGAUUGUAUUGCGUUGGUGUUUCUUUCAUGGUAGUUGUCCAUUGAAUUGGGUUGGAUUGGUAUCGUCGGAGUAGGAUAUAGGAGUAGAUCAUAUUGAUGAUCAAAUCUGCACUUUAUCACUGGUUUUUAAUUUCAUAUCAUAACCCACAAUCACUUUCAUCAUGAAUGGCCAUUAGUAUCUCUCUUACAGGAAGAAUGGCAAGUACAUGUCUCAUUCAUCGAGGAUUAUUCUGACUCUUACGGUUACCUUCAUCGGCUGUAGUUAGGCGGAUAUUGGUUGUAUCGCGUCGACAACAUCUCAAUCAUUUCUUUCCAAUUUCCAAUCCAAGCUCAUAUAUGCGCAUAAUCUUUGUCACAAGAAAAGCAAAACAUUACUUGUAUGUAAUGUCUACCUGAUGGUCGUCCAAUCUGAUAAGCUAAGCCUUCUCGAAGCUUUCUAUCACGGACAAUCAUCCGAACCUCAAAUGUGGGGAAAGGUUCCACUAAAACUUUACGCCU